UAUAUAUAUAUAUAAACAAGCUAUAAAUUUUGAUCUUCCACACCUUUGGAGCAACCUCUUUGAGUUGUUGAAAAACUUAUAGAAAUGGGAACUCCAUAUUACGACGUCGUUUUUGUGCUUGUGGCUAUAUCUUUAUCAGUCCUAGGUUUAGCUUCUGACCAAAAUCCACUGCAAGAUUUCUGCGUUGCAGACCCAACAGUUCAAGUGCUAAUGAAUGGUCUACCUUGUAAGGAUCCAAAGGCAGUUCAAGCCGACGAUUUUUCCUUCAGCGGUUUUAAUCAAUCAGGGAACACAUCCAACCCGCUUGGGUCAGCCAUAACCCCAGUGGCUGUAUCCGAAAUUCCUGGACUAAACACUCUUGGGAUUUCACUCGUUCGCGUUGACUACGGCCGAGGAGGAGUCAACCCUCCCCACACUCAUCCCCGGGCAUCGGAGAUCUUGACGGUCCUUGAUGGAAGCCUUGAAGUCGGGUUUGUCACAUCAAGCCCCGAGAACCGUCGGAUCACAAAAGUUUUGCACAAGGGCGAUGUGUUUGUGUUUCCCAUUGGUCUAGUCCAUUACCAGAAGAAUGUGGGACCUGGCAAUGCCGUGGCCAUUGCAGCUCUUAGUAGCCAAAAUCCUGGUGUUGUUAUUAUUGCUGGAGCUGUGUUUGGAUCUGUUCCGGAAAUGGAUGAUGAUGUUUUGGUGAGAUCUUUCCAACUUGACAAGGGUGUUGUUGGUUACCUUAAGUCCAAGUUUUAGAGAAUGCAGAGCAUGAUAAUAUUGUUAGCAAACAAAAGAAGUGAAAAGGGUUACAAUGAUUGCUGAAAUACUAGCUUUUGGUUUAAUCAUUUAUGUACUAGUAUAGUAUGUAUGUGAUUAGAUUAAAAGUGAAUAAUUAUUAUAAUUGGCUUAGAGGUGAAAUAUUGUAAUUGUGUCUACAGGAAAUUUUCAUUAUUUUCUUUUUUUUGUCUUUCAUAUAGAAGAUUGUUAUUGUAA